UCGUGGAAGAGAACAAUGGUCAUCUUCUUCCUGCCGCUUGUCUUAUCAGGUCUUGCUCCUCGCUGUGACUUCACAUAUAACAUGUUGAAACCGUCUCCUGCAAGGUUUCGCUGGUCUCGUCUGACCCCUUUCAAGAUGAUGAACAGAACAGUGGGACUUAGCACUGAAAACAAUGCUCAGGGCAAAGCCUACUUCACCCUGGAAGGUCAGAAGUUCAUGAUAGUUGGAGGCUCCAUCCACUAUUUCCGUGUGCCCAGGGAAUAUUGGAAGGACAGAUUGCUGAAGCUUCGGGCCUGUGGCUUCAACACUGUCACCACCUACAUCCCAUGGAACCUCCAUGAGCAAGAGAGGGGGAAAUUUGACUUCUCUGAGAUCCUGGACCUGGAGGCCUAUGUUUUGCUGGCUGCAACUGUAGGGCUGUGGGUGAUUCUUCGACCAGGGCCAUACAUCUGUGCUGAGGUUGACCUAGGUGGGUUACCCAGCUGGCUUCUGCGCUACCCGGAGUCACAACUGAGAACAACCCACCAGGACUUUGUUGAGGCUGUUGAUAAGUAUUUUGAUCAUCUGGUUCCCAGAAUACUUCCUCUCCAGUACCAGCAUGGUGGCCCUGUUAUUGCUGUCCAAGUAGAGAAUGAAUAUGGCUCGUUUAAUAAAGAUAAUGACUACAUGGAAUACAUUAAGGAGGCUUUGCUGAAGAGAGGGAUUGUAGAGCUCCUCUUGACCUCAGAUAACGACAAAGGAAUUCAGUCUGGCUCUGUCAAAGGAGCAUUGGCCACUAUCAAUAUGCCAUCAUUUGUGAAGGAUUCUUUUCUGAAUCUUCUUGAAGUGCAGAAUGAUAAACCCAUUAUGGUUAUGGAAUACUGGACUGGCUGGUAUGACACAUGGGGGAAUAAGCACAAUGUCAAAAGUGCAAAGAAAAUUCAAGAUACCGUGUCUAGCUUUAUCAAGUAUGGAAUCUCCUUCAACGUGUAUAUGUUUCACGGCGGAACCAACUUUGGUUUCAUAAACGGAGCCCAUCAUUACAGUCACCGCCUAAAUGUCGUGACUAGCUAUGACUAUGAUGCUGUGCUGACCGAGGCUGGAGACUACACAGUAAAGUAUUUCAAGCUUCGGAAACUCUUUGCUUCUGCUUCAGGUUUCCUGCCUCGGCUGCCUCCCCUUACUCCCAAGACUGUAUACCCCGCUGUGAGCCUGUUACUCUACUUGCCAUUGUUUGAUAUCCUACCCUACUUAAAUAAGCCUGUCAUGUUAUACACUCCAGUCACCAUGGAGAAUCUCCCAAUAAACAAUGGCAGUGGCCAGCCCUUUGGACUGGUCCUCUAUGAGACUUCCAUCUGUUCUGGAGGCCUGCUCCACGCUUCUGUUCAUGACUCAGCACAGGUGUUUUUAAAUGACUUAAGUAUAGGAGUUCUGAAUGAGAAUACUCAUUAUCUGAGAAUUUCUAAAAUUCAGGAUUGUCAGCUUCUGAGGAUCCUGGUUGAGAAUCAAGGCCGAAUCAAUUAUUCAUGGAAAAUUCAAAAUGAACAUAAAGGAUUAGGUGCUAAUGCUAGCAUCAAUGGCAUUUUGCUGACAAAUUUCACCAUCUAUUCACUGGACAUGAAGAUGAGUUUCUUUGAGAGGCUCCGCUCUGCCACCUGGAGGCUUGCCCCAGAGGAUUAUCUAGGCCCUGCCUUCUACCAGGGGACCUUGGAGGCUGGCCCUUCUCCCAAGGAUACCUUCUUGGACCUAUCAAACUGGCAUUACGGGUUUGUGUUCAUCAACGGACGUAAUCUUGGAAGAUAUCAGGACAUUGGGCCUCAGAGAACACUGUACCUUCCUGGUCCCUGGCUUCAUCCAGAAGACAAUGAGAUCAUCGUGUUUGAGAAGAUAAGGAAGGGAUUUCACAUCCAAACUACAAAGAAACCCCAGCUGCAAAACUAGUAUAACACAAGUCUGGAUCGUUGGAGCCAUUCCAGAAUGUUUCUUCAGAAUAUUGAUCACUGCUAAGAAUAUCAAACAUAGUGUAGCCUGCAGAAAAAACAAAAACAAACAAAAAAACAACAACAAAAAAAAAACCAGAACUAACCUAAAAACCCAGAGAAAUGAUUACAUAUUUUAUACUCUCCAUUUAAUUCCUAUUUUUAAGCUAUAGUCUUUAAAAAUCUUUAAUAAACAAAUUUAUCUAGUUUAAUGCUUAAUCCGUAGUAGGUUCUUCUUCUCUGUCCAGAUGUGCCUUUAGAGAGGAACACAAUAAAAGCAAGUUUAACUUCC